AUGGCAAGAGAUUAUUAAUUCAAAUAACCCUCCUUUCUAAGAGUAUCAAGUAUUGUUUCCCAGAUUGAGGAGCCUUAUAAGUCUCCAUAAUUAUAAAAAUUUGCAUCUUAAUUGGAAGAUAUAGCGAAUGAAUAUGAAUACAGGCCUUUACCUCUAAGUAGAUAAGCAUCUAAUUUCAUAUUGUAUGAUCCAAUCAACAGUUUGGGAUCAAGGAGAUCAAUAACAAAGGAUAGCUAUCCUCUUCCAUUUUAGAAAUAAUAAUCACAGAUAUCCUAGAUUAAUGAUAUUAGAGUGAAGGAAGAAUUAUCUAAAGAAAUUGAAUAAGAAUAAAAAGAACAACCUAAUUUGGAUGAAGAUAAAGAUAACAAUAAAAUAAAAAAGUCACAAUAGGUCAUUAAAACAAGUUAAAUACAAAAACAAAUAAAAAAAAAAAAGAAUGAAUUGGAAUAAUAACCUUGUUUUUGUAGAAAUAGUGGUUGUUUAAAGAGAUAUUGUAGAUGUUUUCAUAGUGGAAGAAUGUGUUUAAAGGAAUGUUAAUGUGUUGAAGGCUGUUUGAAUAAUGAGGAUCAUCUAGAAGAACGUAAUAUGGCAAUAAAACAUGUGAAUGAGAAAUGUCAUAGAAACAAGAAUAUUCCCAAAGAUGCCCUGUUUAAACUUAAGGAUUGUUUUGGUUGCAGCUGUAAAAAGUCUAGGUGUCAAACAGGUUAUUGUGAAUGUUUUUUGAGAAAAUCAAAAUGCACAAUUGAUUGCGAAUGUCAAAAUUGUGAGAAUGGUUUAGAUGAAGCAUAUUUGGAAAGCUAAAAAAACAAAAAGAAUUAUAGAGUUAAAAGAAAGUGA